CGGUGGGUAAGUCAGUGGGUGGCGGUACUAGUGGCUGGUGGCAGGCGACACUCCCUUACCACCGAUAAACAGUAACCUGCCAGCGCCGUUCAUAGCGUGACGCCAACGCGCCGCUCUUCACGGGUAUGUCGAUGGGUCGCUCGAAUGUUUAGUUCCCGUCAGUGUCCGGACCUAGGAGUCUUCAAUACAGGCUGCCAUAUCUGCACGGAAAUGCUCUUCGCAACUGGACAUUUUUUACCUAUCUCGGACCGAGUUUAAGAGUUUUACUUUUUAUACUGUUAUCGUUAAUGUAUAUAGCUAGUUAUCCGGCUUAGUAAGAAUUGUUGUAGUUAAAAACAUUUUAGAUAGUUUUCGAGUUACUGUCGGACUGUCCAUGUGAGUUCUGAAGACAUUCGACUUAUGGGUGAACAGUCGAUAUAAGUGUCAUAGUAAACCGUGUCUUAUAGUGGCUUAACCUCGAAGUGUAGUGGUAGAUUUUGGCCUAAAAUUACGAUUUAGCCUUACGAUAUGAAUGUGAUACGUAGCUAGUAGGUCUACGUUGUUAUCUGGCGUUGUAACGUAUGUGUAGUGCCGACCAUAUCAAUAUCAGAACCGCGGCUAGUGUCUUGUCUCUUGUUGUAGUUCGUAUCUUGUUACUAUACUAUUGUUAUCAGGUGUGAAUUUUUCUUCCAUGUUACAUCGUAAUGUUGUGUUUGUAGCAUUGUUGUUCGUAUUUUAAAGGCAUUUUUCGUAUUUUGAUACGUGAUUGAACGUAUUGUUAACUUUAUAUCGACAAUAUACGAUUUUUCAUAAAGUUGACAUUUUUGCGCUGUUUUGUAAUGCUGUUUCGUAACGAAGCCUGUUAAAAUUAAUGGUUCAUAGAGGUUAUAAUUCCGCACAAACUGUUUUCUAUAGGAGGGUUGUUUUGCGAUCGAAUUCUUAAAUACUGGAUAUUUGAAAGAAACUCACCAUGUUCGACGGACUCAAGAACAAUCCAAUUUCCCGUCUGGCACUUUCCAAGUUUCUUUCACAAAGCAUGACGACCGGAAGUCCAGGCAGUAAAUCUCCAGCUUCUGGAACUCCUAGUCAGCCCGCUACCUCCUCUGCCAGCAAUCCCGAGGCCAAGACUCCACCCACAGCCCACAACAAGGCACUUCAGAAUGUCAAAGGAGACCAGCAUCCGUCGAUGGCAUUCCUCCAAAGCAGAUCCAUAUCUUUGGUGGACAUGUACAUUGACAAUUCAGAACCCUCCGAAAAUGUUGGACAGAUUCAUUUCAGUCUUGAAUACGACUUUCAGAAUACCACCCUUAUACUACGGAUCCUAACGGCUAAGGAGUUGCCUGCAAAGGACAUGUCAGGAACGUCGGACCCUUAUGUUCGAGUUACGUUACUACCUGACAAAAAACACCGUCUCGAAACCAAAAUCAAGCGCCGCACCCUCAACCCUCGUUGGAAUGAGACGUUUUAUUUUGAAGGUUUUCCCAUCCAGAAGUUGCAGAGUAGAGUACUUCAUUUGCACGUUUUUGACUACGAUCGGUUUUCUCGUGAUGACUCCAUUGGUGAAGUGUUUUUGCCUUUAUGCCAGGUGGAUCUCUCUGAGAAACCCUCUUUCUGGAAAGCUUUGAAACCCCCAGCUAAAGACAAGUGUGGGGAACUGUUGACCUCUCUAUGCUACCACCCGAGCAACAGCAUUCUCACCCUAACUCUCUUGAAAGCUCGCAACCUCAAGGCUAAGGACAUCAAUGGAAAAUCCGAUCCCUAUGUGAAAGUUUGGCUCCAGUUUGGAGACAAAAGGAUUGAGAAGCGUAAGACUCCUAUUUUUAAAUGUACCCUAAACCCAGUGUUCAAUGAGAACUUCAGCUUCAAUGUGCCCUGGGAAAAGAUAAGAGAAUGUUCAUUGGACAUCAUGGUCAUGGAUUUUGACAAUAUUGGUCGCAAUGAACUCAUCGGCCGUAUUUUGCUCGCUGGCAAAAACGGGUCUGGUGCAUCGGAGACAAAGCAUUGGCAGGACAUGAUUACCAAACCCCGCCAAACCAUUGUGCAAUGGCAUCGGCUAAAACCAGAGUAAGCGCGUCUCAGGGCACUAACUCGCUUCAGUGGCAUGAAUUGAUGUUCCCCUUAGUAUGACCAUGUUUAGUUAUUCAGAGAUAGAGACUACUCCUGCUCCACCUUCGAACCAAGCAGGGACAUCUUUGACCAUUCGAGUGAGGAUUUUUAUAAACUCUACUUAUUUCGACCCAUCAGUGUUUAAGUCUAGUUUGUAAAAGAGAUUUUAGUAUCUGUUGGUGGUAAAAGCAUUCCUUGUGUAAAGUUACACUUUUAUGAAAUAGGAUAUUUACACGUUAUUUUCUCUCGAAGGAGCCUGUACAUGCGAAUUAUUUUGAUAUGUUUUGUGACACAAAGAUAGAGUUAAACUGGCAGAGUUUUACCUGCUUUAUUUUAUAAAUCUUUUCUUUGAGGAACGGUUGCUGUACUAUAAAGUGUGCGAGUUUCUAAAAUAUUAUAUUUUUACCAUCGACGUGGGGCGGGAACGAUAUAUGUGGAUACCGUAAAACGGAGGUAGUUGUAGAAUGCUGUGCAUGUGAUACACUCGUAUUCAGCUCAGCUAUGUAUGGAGACCUAACCUACAUCCCGUCUAUGUCACACAACUAACAAUGUUUCAUUGAGUAGAAUCUGUUCAUUUAUGUCAGUGUGUUAUGAAUGUUUUAUUGUUUAAUGUUGUGUCGAAUUAUGUAGAUGUUAAUACAUGUUUCGUUACGGUAACUAUCAUAAUGUGAAGCACAAACGCUUUAAUGGUUUGAUUUGAAAGGCUGAAAGCUGGAUAAAAUAUUUUAAUUUUUGCUUUGGCCACUUAAAAUAAGUCAAAGUUUACUCCUAUUGGUUAAGUUACGAUAGUAAAACUAAUAGAAACAAUUUAAUUGCGAGUCACUUUCAGUUUUGCAGAGAGGAUACGAAAAUAGCAAAUAUUCUUUUUAUAAUAAUAAAUUAAUAUGUUACUUUUGAAUGACUAAAGCAAGUAUGGAUGUUUGUUAACAAUACCAAUCUCAUUUCAAAUAAUAAUUGUCGUUAAGUCCCCUUUUUAAGUUAUGGUGGAAAAGAAAUCUCACGUAUAUAUUGAAACAAAAAAUGUUUAGUUCAUUAUUGAAGUUUUAAGUGGCUAAAAUACGA